AUGCACAACCUCAAUGUAAUUGGUGUGCUCAUCGAGGCAUCGCCUGUACUUAUGACCGGAAAAGGCAACGAGGUCCUCGAGGGUCUUCUGCCCAGCGAACCUACCAAUCAAGUUCAAGUUCGCCCGUUCAUCCAUCAUGUUGGAAACAUCAAUCUCAGCGAUGGCGCUGUUUUAUUCUCCCCCGAAGGCCAGAAAUGGGUUGAGGAUCUGACCGGCGAGAAAAUGCCAGCAGAUCUUUGUUUGGCAGCUUCGCGACCCUGGGAACGAGAUCCAAUCGUUGACACAGAGAGAUGCCUCAACGCGGUACCUCUGGAUAAAAUGACUUUACCCGACCGGGAAACUAUGGUUCAACUCACUAACGCCUACUGGAACACCGUCCAUAGUCGAAGUUGGCCAAUCCCUGACGAGGUGUUUUUCCAAGACACCAUGGAUGUAGCGUACGGAGCCCGAGAGGAAGCGCCUUACCGAGUUCAUACAGCAACGAUCUGUGUAUGGGCUACUUGGGCAUUCAUCUCGACUUUUCCCACCCCAUUUUCCGGAAGGCCCUCCGCGUUGCCAGCUCCACAACGAAUUGAAAUCAUGACAUCUAUAAUGGCCUCGAUCAACCUACUGCAACAACCCCACCUAGAGCUACUGGAGGCCAUUACGAUGCUUGUGACCUUUCACUUGCUCUCGGGCAAUGUCCAAGCCGGCAUGAUGAGCAAUACAAUUGCUGCACGCCACAUUCUAUGGCUCGGAGCCCACACGAGAGACUGCUACUCAAAAGCUAACACUUUCCUCUCGACCGGCGAUGAAAACUUCCGACGCGACUACCAUCUAAGAAAUCUAUUUUGGAUCUGUUACCAACAGGACAAAGAAUUAUGUAUUCGCUCAGGGCAACCGCCGGCUCUUUUCGAGUAUAACUGCGACCUCAAUCUUCCAACCGCCUACGAGGAAAAUCUCAACUUCUCACUCAAGUUUGAACGAGAUGACAAUGUGGUUUAUCCAGGUGACCUGCGUUUAAGCCGGAUCAAGUCAACGGCAUACAUCGAUCUUUACUCCCGACGAGCUUUGGACAAAAGCGAUGCCCUCAUUCUCAGUGGUAUUCGCCAGCUUGAUGUAGAUUUAGAGCAAUGGCGCAUGUCUAUUCCGGCGGAGUAUCGCCCAACCUUGCUCUUUUCACAGGAAGGCCGGAGACCUCCUGCACCUAACAUUAGAUCCCUGAUGUUGCGCCUGGAAUAUCACUAUUGCAUGGCCUACAUUCAUCAAGCCUGCGGACGAUAUGGAACGUGGUCUGGCAUGCAGGGUCCGGAGAUCCAAGGUGUGAAUUCUAGCCUAAUCCUUUCGAUUGCAGCAUGCCGUUCUUCACUUUAUUAUCUACUGGCAGUGGGCUAUGCAUUGGCUCCAAAGGAUUUCUGGUUGAUACUAUUUUAUCCCCUCUCGGCCAUCGUGUCAAUAUUCUGCUACAUCAUCUCAAAUCCACAAGCGCCAGAGGCUACAAGCGACCUAGAGCUUAUCGGGCAGAUGGCGGUUCAGAUUCGAGAGUUAGGGGAACAAGAAGACAAAUUGAGUGGUGAGCCCUCAAAAUCAGAGCGAGCAUGGAAGGUUGUUACAGCGCUUGAAAAUCUCGCGAGAUGUACGAUAGAGAAACAUAAUUUGUGA